AUGGCCGAUUCGGUAUACACAACACCACAAUCAGUGACAGGCGGACGAACUCCGCGACGGAGGGCUCUCUCGCCCCGUCCACCACGAUAUUCAUCGCCCUAUCAGGUACGGUAUCGAUUUUUGGAAAAUUACAAAUUAUCACUCAUUUUUCAGACGAUUGACCUGUCUAAGGAGAGCAACGAAACGCUGAAGACGAAGCUGUUGGAGGCUGAAACGAUAAUUCAAGAUUUGCGAUCAGAACGGGACACUCUUCAAGAUCAGUUGGUGAACACUGCAGGACUCAACGAAAGUGUGAUUAUCGAAAGCAGCAAUGUGAGAUCGACGCGAGAAACACGUUUCUAUCGAAGAGAUUUGUCCGUUCUCGAGGAUGAUCUGAAAAGCAAGCAGUGCUCGAUUCGGGAUCUUCAGGAACAAGUGACCAGAGUGGAUAUCGAGAACCAGAAUCUGAAAGAGGAGAUCAAAAGAGCGGAAGAGGAUAAGCUCGAAAUGCAGCAGAAGUUCGAGUCUCUGAGAGAAAGGUUCCACGUGUUGGAAGAAAUACAGUUGGACAAGAUGAACGACAACGCCGUGCUCACCAAUGAGCUGCAGACCAAAAUUCAGGAGACCAACAAUCAACGAACGAGCUACGAGACAAAAAUAGCAGAGCUUGAAGCCAAAUUGUCAUUGUUGAGAGCCCGUAUCACUAUGGAAUCCAGAGAAAAGAAGGUGCAGGAGGAGAAGGUGGAGACUCUGCAGCGGCAGAUCGACCGGAUCCAGGUGGAGAUGAUGCAGAAAGACGAGCUGAUAAAGUCUUCCGGCGAAUCGCUCGCCAAGGAGAUCCGCAAGAGCGUCGAUGCGGAUCGGGAGACCGAGAACACUCGCAAAGUUCUGAGCGAAGUCAGACAGCUUUCGGAUCGCCUGGAAUGCUUGACUCCGGUGAAAAAGAAUCCGAGACUGGAUAAGGAAAGAGAAGAAUUCAUUCAAUUGUCCGCCAGAGUCAUCAAUGAGACUAUGAGUGAUUUGAAGACGAAGAAUGCGCGAUUGGAGAGAGAGUUGCUGGAGAAGAAAGAGUUGGUGAAGGCGACGAAGGACGAGCUGGACAGUCUAAAGGAGACGAUGGCGGCGGCGAUGGGCGAUUCGGAGCAAGCCGCCCGAUAUUUGCAGAAUGAGAAUUUGAAGGUUUGAGCUCUUGUUUAUACAUGUUUUAAACUAGUAACCCAUUUUUUUCAGCUGACACGUCAGAAAGCCGACAUCCGUUGUGACCUCAUUGAGACUCGCCGUCAACUCGAAGGCUUUGAAACGUUGAAACAAGGACUCGAGAAGCAACGAGACGACGCACUAGAAGAGGUCCGCCGGAUCACGGAGCAGAAGAAGGACAUCGAAAAGGAAAUCCAGUCGCUCGUGGUUCUUAGUGCUCGCAAGGACGAGCAAAUGGAGGAGUUGCAGGCCCGAAUGGCCGGAUUCGAGGUUCUGAAACGAGAGCACGAGGUGGUGAAGGCAGAAUUGGCCAGAUCACUCGAGAAGAUCAGCCAAAUGGGACAUCAUCUGGUGAUGGCCGAUCAGCAGUAUUCGUGUCUGAAAGCUCAGAAGGAAGAGGCCGAACGAUCCAGUCAUCGGGCCAAGGAUAAUGUGGGCGAGAUGGUGGUGACGAUCCGUGGGUUGAAGGCGUCGCUCGAGAAUCAGAGGAAAGUGGAGGCAGAGUUGGCGACGUUGAGAGCCGAAUACAAUCGUCAGCAGCAGAAGAUGGAUUACAUGAAGGAAGAAAUUCAGGCGGUUCACUCGGACUACCGCAACGAUUUGGCGUUGAUGGCGGCGGACAAGGAGAAGGAGCGAAGACAGGACCAAUCCGCAGAAGUCUCACAACUACGACUGAAGCUGUCGAAGAAGGAGAACGAGCUGAAGAGUGCGCUGAAAAAACUCGAAGAGGUGAUGGCCGACAAUCGAAAAAUCGAGGAGAUGCUCAAAAAAGAGCGCGCCGAAAAUCAUAAGACAAUCGAGGAGAAUGUACGUGCGCGGCAAGGGAUGGCCGACGCGGUUGUCAAAUUGGAGGAGUACAAACGAAAUUGGCACAAUGUGCAGGAGACGUGCGAGCGACUGGAGCGGGAGAACGGGGAGAAGGAGAGCAGAAUGGUGAGUGAGAAGGCAAUCAGUGUCAGACAGGAGAAAUCCAAUUUCCAGUACAAAUUGGAGGAGGAGUUGCAAGAGAAAACGCAGCAAGUGAGCGAAUCCGAGGAGGUUGUCACCUAUCUGCACAGCCAAAUCAACGCCAAACAGAGCAAGCAGCCCAAGUUGGGACGCCGGAGCACGCUUCUGAGCACCGUUUCCGAGAUGGACACUACCGUUUAUGUAAGAGAAGCACUUGAUUCACUCACUCGACGACUUCAUUUCCAUUUUUCAGAUCCGAGAAGCCGAGGAAGUUCAAAAGCUCGAAGAGCAGCGGCAAGAACUGCUGCGCGAUUUGGCUGCGAAGAAGCGUCAACUGGCGGAGAGCAAAUCUCACUCGACGACGAACACGACGACGAUCACGAUGGGGACGAGUGUGCAGACGAGUCAAUCGGCCAGUCAGCUUAGCCAUCCGCGGCAAGGUACGAUGCGGCACGACAUUCCGCACAAGUGGAAAGAUCUGCGUCACUUCGGCGUGCUCUCCACCAAAUGCUCUCUGUGCUUCGUCGGCAUUCCGGCGCUGGCGAAGGCCAAAAAGUGCACGCAUUGCGAUGUGCACGUGCAUGCUUCAUGCGCGCCGCGAGUCAGUAACACGUGCGGAAUGCCGGUGCAAUGCGCCAACUACUACCGCGAGAAUCACACGACCGUCGAUUGUUCGGGUGUUUCCGAGGGAAGAAUGAACGGAUGGCUGCGAGUUUAUCGCGACGACAACCCGGGAUCCACGUGGAUCGCCUCGUGGGCCAUGAUGGACCUGACCCGCAUCGCGUUUUACACCAACGACGGCGCCGAUCUCGACAAACCGUUCUUCUCGAUCGAUCUAAAUCAAGAGCAGUGGGUUCUCCGCACCGCCCAAGAGAUGCCCGUCGAGUGCGACGAUUCUAUGCGUGCCAGCAACGUUCUGAUGAUCAAGAUGCCACGUCGCUCGCUCUACAUUCUGGCUCCAUCGCAGCCGUCGGCGUGUCGCUGGGCCGACUGCCUUCAGACUGCGCAGCGGAAGAGAAUGAUGCUCAACUCGCGGCCUUCGUGUAUGGCCGAGAACACAUGUCUUCUGGUGCUUCAGGAGCCGAACAAUUUGAAGAUUUUCAAGACUCUGACGAUCGAGGAUUGGUACGUGUUCGCCACGCAGACGGGGAUCUUCUUCACGAGCAUCUCGCAGCCACGCAAUCCGCUGCGCAUCGCCGGCCCCAACUCGGUGACCGCCAUGGAGAUUAUGGCCGAAAUCAAUUGCAUCGCAAUGGUUGUGAAUAGUAGCGGGCAGAUGGCUCUGAUUCCGAUGGAUUCGCUCACGCUCGCCAUGCAGAGCAUCCAGCCUUCUAUCCGUCCGGAGGUGCUCCCAGAGUUCGGCCACGUCAACACGAUCCGUUACCAUCAACAGAACGGACAGAGAUUCAUGUUGAUCGCAGAUGACACGCAUUUGCACAUCAGAAAGUACAAUGCCACCCGCGACGUCUUCAGCCAUUUCGCGAAGCUCGAAGUUCCGGAGCCGGUCACCUUUAUCGAAAGCUCUCCACAAGGCGUUCUUUUCGCCUCCGACACCUUCUACCACGUGCCGUUCGACCAUCAGAGCAGCACGAGCGCCCGAGCGUUGAUGCCUGCGAGACGGUCUGAUUAUCCGAUUAGUGCGCAUUUCAUCGGCGGCUCCGAAGUGCUCCUCUGCUAUCAGAAUUACGGAGUGUUCGUGAAUCUAGAGGGUCGUCAGACGCGCCGAGAGACUAUCGAAUGGGAGAAGAUGCCGUUGGAGUUCACGUUCUUGGCUCCGUACCUCUACAUCGUGCACGAUGAUUCCAUUGAGAUUCUGGAGAUCGCGGAGAACACUGGCGCGGAUUCGAAGACUGUGAUGGCUGAAAGAGAAGUGUUUGAGUGCCCGAAUGCUCACAUCACUGGACGGCAAUACGAAGGAGUUCUCGUUUCGAUCUCAUCAAAGGAAGCCACCGAAGUUCACAGGUUCGUAGAAUUUGAGAGAAUCACCACACCAAUCACACACGAAUUGAAAGCUUUCAGAUUUUCCGCCACCAUCAAGCGCAACAACAUCACAAAAAGACGCCGAGCAUCGCCAUCAGACACUCUUAAAAGGACUAAAAAUUGA